AUGUUUACAGUGAGGUGUGAGCUUGCUUCUCUGUGGCAUCCUACAGUGCACCAUAGUUUACUUCUGCUCCGUGCCUUAAAGCAACGUCAUACACUUUUGAUAGAUGAAUCUCCUGCGGCUAAUACUACCCAUCCACAUGAGUUGUGGCAGCGUUUGCAGUACAAUAGUCGCUUCUCUAUUACCCCUCCUAACAGCAGUACUGUUACCAGCAGCAACGGCAACAGAAGUGAUGUGAAAACUGGUGCUUCUAUCGAAGCGAAGGGAGAAGACUUGACAGAUACGUCCUUGCUCAUCCCUAGGGGAGGACUAGAAUGUGUGCGCGACCCGCAGCAUAUUCCAUACUUCUUUUCUCUCUCUUCCUCGUUGCUACAAGAUCAACUUCAAGCAUAUUUGGAUGCGGAUUUCGUUUCUAAACAGAUUCUGCAAGGUGCAGACGACGUUCUUUUAGCUUUAAACACUGGCGAGAUGGAAUUAACACGACAAACCCAUGGUAACUUAAUGGACCUUGUGGCCCGUCUUGAUUCUUCUCUCCAGAGUGACGACAGUGAUAAUGCUAUUGGUGCUGAUGGAGUAGUACAAGAGAGAGAUAAAUGGAGUACUUGGCCUCUAUUCACGACACUUCAGUUCCUUGUGGAAGAGGGUGGGUUGUUGUUGGGACCAUUCCCUCAAGUGACAAAGGCGUAUCAACGUCUGCGAGAGUCCAAACCUGUACUGGCACACAAACGACUUAUUACCCGCACACUGGAGCAAACUGCAAACUCACAGGGAAUUCCUGCAGCAGAGCCACCUGUAUGGGUUCACCGAAGUUUUCUUCGUGAGGUACAGCAUCGGCUUGCCAACUACACAGGUGACCCUGCUGAACGUAUGAUAAAUGGCGUUUCGGGUGAGAAGGGACCUUUGCGGGAACGGGUGAGUGGUGCUCGCUUUGGGCUGCAACCCGUCUCUGCCCGCACACCAUGGACGAUGCAGCGAGAUUCGAUGAGAAAACCAUCACGCUGA